CCCAGUGGUUGUUGUCAAGGACCGGGAGACUCAAAGAUCCCGGGGUUUUGGCUUCAUCACCUUCACAAACCCAGAGCAUGCCUCCGAUGCCAUGAGAGCCAUGAAUGGAGAGGGGGUGGAGGGCAGCGGCAGACAGAGCCGGGCUGCCUGGGAGGCGACGACUGGUCCUGCAUGAGGCCGAGAAGCCACCUGUGGAUGGUUGACCUGCUCUGGGCUUAGGUAGUAGAGUCUGCAGACCUGUGGGCCUGGCCCGGAGAGGACCUCGUGAGUCUGCUGGGAUGGACUCUGAAGCCUCAAACCAAGAGAGGCGUCUAGCCCUAAUAGUCGGGCAGCUUAGAGGAGUGGGGAGGAGAACUCAGCCUGAGUUCAGUCAAGAUUCCCUGGAUGGGCGCCAAAUCCGUGUGGACCAUGCAGGCAAGUCUGCCAGGGGAACCAGAGGGGGUGCCUUUGGGGCCCAUGGGCGUGGUCGCAGCUACUCUAGAGGUGGUGGAGACCAGGGAUAUGGAAGUGGAAGAUACGACAGCCGACCUGGAGGCUAUGGAUAUGGGUAUGGGCGGUCUAGAGACUACAGUGGCAGAAGCCAGGGUGGCUAUGACCGCUACUCAGGAGGAAAUUACAGAGACAAUUAUGACAACUGAGAUGGGGCAUGCACACAAUGUAGAUACACAAGGAAUAACACUUCUGAUCCAGGAUCGUCCUUGCAAAUUGCUGUAUUUAUAAAGAUUUUUGGAGCUGCGCUGAAACGUCUGUUUUAGUACAUCAAGUUCUAUUUUUGAAUUGAGCUCCCAAGGUAGUUUGUUAAAGAACUUUAAGAAAGCUCCAUGUGUUCUUUAAACACUUUUCCCCCUUUUAAAGACAAAUUUUAAGACAUUUGUUAACGGUCCCAAUAUUUUUCCUUUUAUCAGAAUUUUUGUUGAGGCACUCAGGAUUAUUGUUGCUGGCCAAGAGAAAAAAGUGGCCAGGAUAAAUCAAGUUUUUUAAAUUAAUGUGUAUUUUGGGACAUUAAAAAUUUGUAAAUGAUGUUUUCUCAUGGCCAGAAAGUGAUUUCUGAAUGUACCUAUGAACAAUCUACAUCAAGAUCAUGAUUACUAGAGAUGUUUUUUAUUAAAGAUCACUGUCCUGAUUAUAUAGAAGAGCUUCUUUAAAAUGUUUGUGAAUGUCAUUUUUUAAUACUGGAAGAAAAAGUAUUCUGUUGUGUCUGAUGUGUUUAGGAUGUCCUUUAUGGAGCUAAUUAAAAGAUGAAACCUGAACACAAA